GCCUUUGCAGGGAUACCGUAUUUAAAAAUGCUGCAGCGCGUCCGCACCUCAACGCAGCUCUUUAAAAGCCCCUAUGUCUGUCGUUGUGCCGCAACGGGCACAAUGCAAAGAAAUGUCGCAGGCGCAAAACAAUCCGAAAGUCCACCAAUCGAAGGAACACAAUUAGAUGAGUUUACCAAAGAAUUUCUUCAAAAUCGCAUAGAAAUGUCACCAUUUCAGAAGGUAUUUCUCAGCGUAGGUUCAUCUAUUGCAGCGCUAGUAGAUCCGCGAAGGAAUGAUAUGAUCGCCGCACUGGGUGAAACUACUGGCGAAGCGGCAUUGCAGAACAUCUUGCAGUCAAUGCAGGCCACUGCUGAAGGCAAGCGCAUACUGCAGCAGAAGCCUCGAAUUAACACACGUACGGUUGAUAUCGAACGCUUACGUUCGUUGCCAGAUAAUACAUUUGGACGUGCCUAUGCUAAAUUCUUAGAUGACAAUAAGGUAACACCUGAUUCGCGUAUGGAAGUACGUUUCGUGCAUGAUCCGAUAUUGGCGUAUGUAAUGACACGUUAUCGCGAAUGUCAUGAUCUAGUGCAUACAGUGCUGGGAAUGCCUACGAAUAUGCUGGGCGAAGUGGCUGUAAAAUGGGUGGAAGCAUUGAACAAUGGGCUGCCUAUGUGCUAUGGUGGUGCAAUAUUUGGCGCCAUGCGCCUGCGUCCCAAACAACGAAAAGAAUACGUGUCACGUUACUUGCCUUGGAGUUUAAUGAACGGUAAGGAAAUGAAACCCCUAAUGCCUAUAUUUUGGGAAGAGCGCUGGGAGCAAGAUAUAGCGGAAUUACGCAAAGAAUUACGAGUGACGAUCUUAAAAUGAAAAAAUAUUGUGCCAUGUGUUAAAAAUUAAAUAUUUAUAAAAUAAAAAUUAAACACCAAA